AUGGAGCUAGACACAGGCUCUGCAGUUUCAGUUAUCCCGUAUCAGUUAUACCGAGCUAAGUUUAGUCACAUAAAGUUACAGAGAAGUCAAAUCACACUUAAAACUUACACAGGGGAAAAGCUGUAUCCAAAAGGGAAAAUCAACUGUAGAGUUAGUCUCGAUGGCCAGACAAGACAGCUAGAUAUUCAAGUUAUUGAGUCCCCGGGACCAGCGUUAUUUGGGUGUGAUUGGCUUUCUGUAAUCAAUCUAGACUGGGGCGAGAUCAAAGCCCUUAAAGUAAACCAAGAAACAGACAAUGAGACACAGGGUAAGGUAAAUAACCUUUUGAAAAAGUAUAAAAGUGUGUUCGAUGAUGAUUUGGGUACCUUGAAGGGACACCAAGCUGACCUCAAAUUAAAAGAGAACUGUCGACCCCGAUACUGUAAGGCACGACAGGUGCCAUAUGCCUUGCGACCUAAGGUAGAAGCCGAGCUAACACGUAUUGAAAAGGAAGGGAUUCUAAACAAGGUGGAACAUAGUGAGUGGGCAACCCCUAUUGUACCUGUGGUCAAACGAAAUGGCUCAGUACGAAUAUGUGGGGAUUUCAAAGUCUCUGUUAACCCAGUUUUAAUCGCAGAACAAUACCCUUUGCCCCGUAUCGAGGAUAUUUUUGCCAAUCUGGCUGGGGGUAAGCAUUUUACCAAAUUAGACUUACGCCAAGCCUAUCACCAAAUGGAGGUCACUGAAGAGACACGAAAGUAUUUGACUAUUAACACACAUAAGGGUCUAUUUCAGUAUCAGCGGUUAGUUUUCGGUGUGACGUCAAGCCCAGCAAUUGGCAACGUGCCAUGGACCAGGUGUUACAGGGUAUACCUGGAACACAAUGCAUCCUUGACGACAUGAUAAUUACCGGAAAGUCCAAUGAAGAGCACUUAGAACGGUUAGAGGAAGUUCUAAAGCGAUUACAAGAGGCAGGUCUGAGAGCAAACAAAGAGAAGUGUGAAUUCUUCAAGGAGAAAAUUGUGUUUUGUGGCCAUGAAAUUGAUGCCAAUGGUUUACACAAAACCCAAGAGAAGAUCGAGGCAGUAGUGAACGCCCCUAGGCCCGAGAAUGUGUCACAAGUUCGAUCCUUCCUAGGACUGGUAAAUUACUAUAAUCGGUUUCUCCCCAACGCAGCUUCAGUUCUUCACCCACUACACGUAUUGCUUCAGAAAAGUCACAAGUGGAAGUGGACUGAACAAUGUGAGAAAGCUUUUAAAAAUGCCAAGCACUUGAUAACCUAUGACCUAGUCCUAACCCACUACGACACAACGCUUCCAGUUAAGAUCGCAUGUGAUGCUUCACCAACCGGAAUUGGUGCAGUGUUGUCGCAUGUUAUGGCAGAUGGAAGUGAAAGACCAGUGGCUUUUGCAUCCAGAUCCCUCACCAAGACGGAGCGCAAGUACUCCCAGAUUGACAAGGAAGCACUGUCAAUUGUGUGGCGGGUCAAGAAGUUUCACAUAUAUUUGUAUGGGCGACGGUUUACACUAGUCACUGACCAUAAACCUCUGACAUCCAUUUUCCAUCCAGAAAAAGGAAUACCCAUAAUGACGGCCACAAGACUCCAACGCUAUGCAUUGUUCCUAGCUGGAUUCGAAUAUGACAUUGAGUACAAGAAUACGAAAGAACACUGUAAUGCAGAUGGUCUAUCACGACUACCACUGCCAAUGAUGGAGAAAGAGGAUACAGCUGUGGAUGCAGCUGAAGUGUUUCAUGCAACCCAGUUAAACAUUCUCCCAGUCACCAGUGAAUCGGUAGCUAAAGAGACAAAUCGUGAUCCCAUAUUAGCCAGAGUUUAUGAUUCAAUAGUUGAAGGUUGGUCAGCACGUUUCGAGGGAGACAAGCCCUACCAUGACCGACAGAGUGAACUUACAGUUCAUCAAGGUUGUAUCCUUUGGGGAAUGAGAGUGGUCAUCCCUAGCAAGUUGCAAGAGAGAAUUCUGCGAGAGCUACAUGAUAGUCAUUUGGGUAUCGUCAAGAUGAAGGCCCUAUCACGAAGCUAUGUGUGGUGGCCAAACAUCAACCAACAGUUGGAGAACGUAGCGAAAACCUGUAGUAGUUGUCUACAGAACCAAAAGAUGCCAUCCAAGGUAUCCUUACACCCAUGGGAAUGGACCACUUCACCAUGGCAACGUGUACAUAUUGAUUAUGCUGGUCCUUUUACGGAUCCUAUGUUCCUGGUGGUGGUCGACGCACACAGCAAGUGGCCAGAAGUAAUUCCUAUGAAGUCGACAACCGCAGCGAAGACCAUUGAAGUACUAAGAAAUUUGUUUGCACGAUUCGGAAUCCCGGAACAGGUUGUCUCCGAUAAUGGCCCCCAAUUCGUCUCAGAAGAAUUCCGGUCGUUUAUGAAAUCUAAUGGAGUAAAACACAUCACCUCUGCCCCAUACCACCCUGCUACAAAUGGCCUUGCAGAAAGAUCAGUGCAAACAUUCAAACAGGCACUGCGGUCAAUGGAAGAAAGUUCGAAGCCAAUUCAAGAGAAGUUAGCAAAAUUUCUUAUAACCUAUAGAAAUACCCCACAUUCAACAACUGGAGAGAGCCCAGCACAACUUAUGCUUGGCAGGCCAAUACGGACACGUUUAGACUUAGUUAAACCUAAUCUGAACAGGAAGAUGGUGAUCAAACAACAGGAGCAGAGCAGGAAGUCGGCCAGUGCCAAGAACAGAGCAACACGGCAGUUGGAAGUGGGAGACAUGGUAAUGGCACGUGAUUACCGAGGAAAUCUAAAGUGGAGAUCGGGAAAGGUCAUUGAAAGGAUCGGACCUUUGAUGUAUAAGAUCGAAGUGACAUCAGGCGUAAUCUGGCGCAGACAUAUUGACCAACUGCUGCCAACCGAAGUUAAACUAAGCACAAUACAGGACAGGGAGCAAACUGCGAAUAUGGGAGUAGUGCAGCCGGAAGUGAUAUCCAGUUCAAGUGAACAGACGUUGCCAAUAGUAGCAGCAGACUUGCAAGUGCAACAAGGGCUCCAGCACCCACGAACUUGUAAAUGA